AUGGCUUACGUGAAAAUUUUUAAAAACAGGGCGUACUUUAAACGAUUCCAAGUUAAAUAUAGACGAAGAAGAGAGGGAAAGACUGACUACUAUGCCAGGAAGAGACUGGUGCAACAGGACAAGAACAAGUAUAGUUCUCCCAAGUAUCGUUUGGUUGUGCGUGCCACUUCUACACGCAUAAUCUGCCAAAUUGUCUCAUCGACCAUUAUUGGAGACAAAAUACAUGCAUCUGCGGACUCAUCAGAACUCAAGCAUUUUGGCAUCCAAACUGGACUAACCAAUUAUGCAGCUGCCUAUUGCACCGGCUUACUCGUUGCUAGGAGGAUACUAUUGAAAUUGGGAUUGGACAGUCAAUUUGCCGCAACGGAAGCCACCGGUGAAGAUUAUCACAUAGAGGAACAAGACUGUGAAAGAAGACCAUUUAAAGCUCUUUUAGACGUGGGCAUCACGAUUACUACAACUGGAAACCGCGUUUUUGGUGCCAUGAAAGGCGCUUGCGAUGGUGGAUUGCACAUUCCGCAUAGUGAAAAGAGAUUCCCAGGCUAUACUAAAGAUGGCGAUGAAUGUAGCUAUGACUCUAAAGUGCAUAGUGAUAGAAUUAUGGGCGUACAUGUUGCAAAUUACAUGAGAUAUUUACAAGAAGAAGACCCUGACAAGUACAAAAAACAUUUCUCUCAGUACAUCAAAAAUGGAGUAGAUCCGGAUAAAAUUGAGUCUCUAUACCGGGCGGCCCAUGAUAAAAUUAAGAAGGAUCCCAUAGUUCCUAAAAAGACUAGGAAAUAUCCAUCCAAGAAUGUUAUCCAGGGCAAUACGGUUAAGACAUAUUCCAAGACUUAUCCUCGCCAUCGUAAACUCACUAAAGAACAAAGAAACGAGAGAUUGAAAAUGAAGAUGCAGAUGUGUCUGGAAGCAGAGCAGGCAGCUGCUUAA